AUGUUUAUACAACGCGUAGAUAGUGUACCUAAAGUCAAAUUAGACGACCGCACUUCCAUGACGUUUGACGUGCAGACGACCAAGGAGAUCCCAACUACGAAGGAAGGAGGUGACAUAACCUACAUGGAUAUGAUAGAGGAGAAAGAUAGUCUCGGCGAGUCACAGAUACAAAAAAUGUUUGCGGGUUCUUCAGUGUUCCUAACCGGGGCUACAGGGUUUUUGGGCAAGUUGAUUGUCGAGAAAUUGCUGAGAUCAUGUCCGGAAAUCAAAAAGCUUUAUUUACUGGUGAGACCAAAGAAGAACAAAGAUACCACGAAGAGAAUACAAGAGCAAUUCGAAGAUGUUCUUUACAGCAAACUCAAGAAAGAGAGACCCAACUUUUUUCAGAAGAUUGCGGUAGUGGAAGGUGACGUCGGUCAAUUAGGUCUUGGCAUUAGUGAGCAAGACAAAAUCAAACUUAUGAAUGAGGUCGAGUUCAUAUUCCAUGGUGCUGCUACAGUCAGGUUCGAUGAACCCUUGAAGACAGCUGUUGAAAUCAAUGUGAGAGGAACACGGGAGCUGUUCCAGCUGGCCAAGCAAUGUGGAAAACUUAAAGCUCUCGUACAUAUAUCAACUGCUUAUAGCAACUGCACAUCAAGAGUGAUUGAAGAGAAAUUCUACGAGAGCAUAAUGCGAGGAGAAAAGCUCAUAGACUUGGUGGAGACCAUAGAUGAGAACACUAUCAAUAAUAUCACACCAGGAUUAUUGGGUAACUUUCCAAAUACAUACGCAUAUACAAAAUCAGUGGCAGAGAACGUCGUAGCCGAACAUUCAAAAGGACUACCUGUGGCAGUUUUUAGACCAUCUAUUAUUAUCGCCACAGCUAAAGAGCCUGUAGCUGGAUGGAUUGACAACGUAUACGGACCAACUGGUGUGGUAGUGGGUGCCGCGGUCGGUCUCAUCCACACCAUCCACUGUGAACCCAAAGCAGUUGCAGACUUAGUGCCCGCUGAUAUGGUCGUUAAUGCUUGCAUUGCGUCCGCGUGGAAAACUGCUAAGGAAUACCCCGCUAACCACGAGGACGCCCCGCCCCAAGAUCUACCGCCGCCAGUUUAUAAUUACGUGUCAUCGGAACAGAAACCACUCACUUGGGAGAAAUUUAUGGAUAUCAACGUGACCUACGGUCUAGAGGUCCCCUCUGUGCAAGCAAUGUAUUAUUACCUGUUUGCCUUGGUGCGUUCGAGAUUUAUGUACAUGACAUACUGUCUUUUCCUGCAUUGGAUACCUGCCUAUAUUGUAGAUGGCAUUGCGAUACUAAUUGGGAAGAAGCCUAUGUUACGGAAAGCUUACACGAAAAUCUCUAAAUUUUCCGAUGUCCUCUCGUACUUCUCAACGCAACAGUGGAAAUUCUAUAAUAAAAACGUCCAGGAAUUAUACGAAGAGCUGUGCGAUGCCGACAAGCAGAUCUUCGACUUUAACAUGUCCAGCUUAGACUGGAACGACUAUUUCUACAGUUACGUUAGGGGGAUCCGAAUUUACCUGCUCAAGGAUCCUUUGGAAACCGUUCCAAGUGGUCGCGCUAAGUUCUUAAGGCUAAAGUGCAUACACUAUUUUGUUUUAAAUUUAAAAACAAGCACUUCUGUUAACAAUGAAGAUAUAAAUAUCAUGAAUAGUGGUGUUCAGAAAAUUGAACCAUGUUCCGUGGGUUUAAUUUUAUAUGCAACUGUUAACAAUACGUCGCCUAAUAUGGACUACGAGGUGGUGUUGAGUCCUGACCAAUGUUGUUUGAGCAUUGACUCUAAAGACGUUUGUAACGUGAUGUCAAUUGAAGGUUCCACAAAAACUUUAAAGUUAGUAGCACCUUUAAUAGAACCUUUUGAAAGACGCGGAUAUUGUAUUGUUUAUUUAGAUUCUAAACCUACUACUAGACAGAGAAAAUCUAUGAGAGACGAAGUAAAGAUAUCUUUUGAUACAAGGCUUAAAAACUCACAACAGCCAAGAGCAUUGAUGGAAAAUGAAUCAAUUUGUACAGAAAUUGAUCAAGAUCCAUUAAAUGAUUGUAAGCCAGUAGAUUGUGAAAUUUAUUAUAACGGUAAAAAGCCGUUUUUCGAUAGCAAGACGAAACGUUGCAUCGCCACUCCCCUUUGUAUUUCCGAUACAGAUGAUGAAGUACCAAGAACUGUUUACGAUCAAAAUAAAAAUAAAUGUAUAGUUGGAGAAUCAGUUUCUAAAGAUGAUAUCAACUUCAUUAAAAAAUUAACCAAGAAUACUAGUCAUAGGAAAACCAAAGAUAUUUUAAUCAUAAGGAACCAUGUAAAAAAGCCUCCUGAAUUGUAUAAUAACCACACUGAAAAGAAUAUAUCAGCAUUACUCAAUUCUAAUGCAGAUAGUUCAUAUAACCUGAUAUCGGACAUGCCAAAGUUCAUGGUUAUAAAUAAAAACGGAAUCAAAUGCUUAUUAACAAAAUAUUUAUUUGGUAACCGAUGGACAUUUAUUAUUCUUGCCGGCGUAAUUGUAGUUCAAUGUUUUUUGAUCUGCACUAUGAUUUAUUGCUUAACCAAGACCUGUGGCAAGUUUAAUAAGAAAAAGGUAGUGAAUAAAUUUUUCAACUACCGUCAUGAUGCUUCAGUAACUACUCCGCUCAUAUACACUAGCAAUAUAGAUACGGACACAACAGAUUUUCAGUAUUUAAGUGAAACAUCCAACAUUGACAAAAUGAUAAAGUGUUAUAAAUCUUGUCAAAAGGAGCGGAAAACGCAGGCGAAGAUCAGUAUGUCCGAUGAUAUUCUAUCUAAAUGUUUAACAAGACGUGACUGGAAGUGUAAAUCCGAUAAACCUAUAACAAUAGAUGAAAAUAAUCGAGCGGUUGAUGAUAUAAUUAAAGAUGUAUUUAAAAGAGAAUCAAAAGAUCACACAACCUCAAUACUUUACCAAUCAAAUGACAACGAACGUAUUAAAAAACUUAGUAACGCUAAGGUAAACUUUGAAAAUGAAGAUGUUAAGACUAAAAAGGAAAAGAAGCGUGAUAAUACGACUAAAAUAAUCGUAAAUAAAGCAGCUAACAAUAGAAAUAACAGAGAGUACGAUGGAAUACAAUAUGAUUUAUCAGAGAGGGAAUUGAAAUGCCACAGUUACAAUUACGUAAAUAACGAUUCUAAUCUAACAGGCUUUAAACCAAGCGCAUAUAAUAAAAAGUUGAGUUUCUUUGAAACGAAUAAGAACAGAUUUGGUCCGGUAUCUAUGUCUACCGAAAAAGGUGCUCAAGCUGUGUUUUCCAACGAUUCUUUAGAUGAUUUCUUAUCAGAAAGAGGUAUGGUAUUUCGAGCUAGUGAAGAUCUGUCUAAAUAUUCAUUUUCAAGUAAUUCUAAUGGCAUAAAAGGAUCGUCAGUCUCAUCAGAAAUUUCGAGUAAGACAUCAAAAAAUAAUGUGUUAAAGAAUGUUAUUUCGUUGUUCCAUAAAAAGUCUAGCCAUGGUGCGUCAUCGGAGCCUGGUGGUAAGAAAAAAAGUAGUAAUUCGAAUAUAGAACUUAUUCAUAUGUCAAAAGCUUCUGUUUACUCUUCUUACAACGGUUCAGAUUAUUUAAAAAACUUAAAGCAAACCAAAGAUUCGAGAACUUCUUUGUAA